UCCAGAAAAUGGCUGGGUUGUAUGUUUGAGUCUGACACGUACUUAGAAUAAAAUCGUAAUUUUAGAAUAAAAGUUUGUGUAUUUUGCCUGAAUUUUGGCAUCAAUACGAAUCUGAUAGUGGCAAAAUCUUAAAAUGGAGUUUCGCGAUACGUUGCUAGCUGCUCAAAGAAAUCAACAACAAAAGUCAUCUGUUGAUAGUAUGUAUUACAAAGCCCGUUUCGAUCCGCCAAAAAAAGAACAGAAGGCCAGGGACAAGUUAUCUGCAAACAUUCAAAAGUUCCUAGCUAAGAAAGAGGAGGAGGAAAGGCAAAAGAAAGAGGAAGCAACGCGAAAGCGGGAAGAACUCCUUGCUAUGCGAGACCCUAAGGCAUUAAGGAAAAUACAAAAAACACUAAAGGUAAUUAAAUCAGCCAACAAGUCAGUGCUAGCUGAUGCGGUUAAUAAUGAUCAUACAGCGGUGACUCUCGAGGGUCCGGAGCAGCCCGACCAGGAUGAUUACGGCUAUGAGUCACAAUCUUCAGCGGCUAUUUACGAAAAGAUGAUGGAAAAGUACAGCAAAUUACCAGAUGAACCCAAGUUUUCCACUGGCAAACAUAGUUCAGCUAAGGAUAUCAAUGGAACUCGUGAACGUGUUAAACAUGCGCUUCGCCACGCUGAUGAUCCUGUUCCACACAAAAGAAAAAGAAAGGGCAAAGAUGGUGAUAGAGAAUCUAGUCCACCGGAGAAAUAUGAACCUGAAAAAAAGAAAGAUGAUAAGCCGGAUAAACCAAAAUUUAGAAAACCCGCUCCUCCGCCGAUGGAUUUCAAUCAGCUGCUGAAACUCGCAGAACAGAAGAAAAGUGAGCCUAUAGAGAUAGCAGCAAAGAAAGCCGCAGCCGAACCAGAACCAGAGAGGCCCAUGACGAAGAAGCAGAAGAGAGAAUACGAGGAGGAAAAGGCGCGCCGACAACGUCAGCUAGAGAGGUUGGAGGCUGAAAAGGGGGGAAUCCGCAAAGUGCCAAAAGAAGAAAAACCUAGCAUUAAAGAAGACAAACAUUCGGCACCGAACAAUAGGAGACCAGAAUCGAUGCUGAAUGGACGCAUUCCAAAACUCAGUGACAAAAACAAUGCCAAUAAAAAUGAUAGAAACAAUGAUGCUGUUAAAGCUUCCGACAGAGAGAAGGCAAAACUGAUUGACCGCGAGAGAGAAAGACUGCUCAAAGAGAAGGAAAAACUCAAAAUGGAGAGAGAAAAGAUAGACAGGGAACGUCUUGAUAGACUGAAAGCUGAAAGAGACAGAAUCGAUAGAGAAAUGGAAAAACUAAAUAGAGAUAGAGAAAAAUUAGAUAAAACGAAGGCUAAAUUAGAAUCGAGCAGGCCAUCAGAUAAAGGUAGAACGGAUAAGAUAAUAGAUAGAUCGAAAUUGAAUUCCAAGGAUAUAGCACAGAAAAGUAAUAUCGAUUACAAGAGUCAAAACACGUAUAGAAUAGACAAAGUUAGCGACGCAAAGUCUCAGCCACAUAAAAAUGACAGGGUGCUAAAUGGUCACGGUUCACAGGGUAGACCAGUGCCAAAAAGUAGUAAGGAUUUAGAUAGAAGUACACAAAUGAAACAAAAGCUUAGCGACGGUAAUCCUAAAGUUAACGGGCUUAAACCAGACCCUAAGCGAAUAGAUGCUAGCAAAGGAUUGCUCCAAAAACGGCUAGAAGAAAAGAAACCUUUGAGUAAAGCAGCGCCAGGCACCAGUAAACCGGUUAACAAUAGCUUUGAUUUCGACAAGCACGUGAGCUCGCUGGGUGGACAGAGGUUCCCGCCCGCCAAGAGGAAAAUCAAUCCUGAUGACGUCAGACGAAAACAAAAACGUGUUGUACAUUCAGAUUCAGAGUAUGAUUCUGAAAUGGAUGAUUUUAUAGACGACGGUGAUGAAAAUAUGGACUAUUCUACACAUAUUAAAGAAAUAUUUGGCUAUGACAAAUCUAAGUACCGAGACAUGGAUGAUGACGAUGACCCGAUGAUGGAGUCCAGUUUCGCUCGGCAGCAGCGUGAGGAAUACAUUAGUAAAAAAAUCGGUAUAAUGGAAGAUUUAGAGGACAUGCGAAUGGAAGCUAUGGAGAAUUCCAAAAAGAAAAAACGCAGAAGAAUAAGCGACGACUAGCAUAAGUAGCCUCUUAGAUGUUUUAGGAUGACGACCACUGAUCAGAAAAAUCAAAAUAAAUAAUUUAUUAUACUUAAUAUUAUACUAUCCUUUGAUAGAUGUUAUGAUCAAUUUUGUUACUUUAUGUAAAAGUGUUAUUUGUAUUUACGCGUAUGCUUCUUGUUUAAGUGUUGUAUGUCUAUGUACUAUCAGAGAAAUUGAAAUAUAGGCUAUAUGUCUACGUUAUUUGGUCGGAUUUUCUCAAGGCUUACAGAUCACUGCCACAUAUGACAUAACCCAAAUUCUCUGAUAGUAUCAUAGUACAAGAACUUUUUGUAUAUUAUUGCUUAUUGAGUUAGGAUUAAGGAUAAAGUUUAAAGCGACAUUUACAAGUUCACAAUUAUCCAAAAGUAAUAUUUUAUUAAAUUGGUUAUGAUAUC